AUCUGGAGACUCUUUCAGUCACUAGUGUUCCAAAGCCACAGAUGUUGUCUCUCAGGCUAACCUCUUUCACCCACCUCUUAUCCCCGCCCUCUUCCGCCGCCAUCGCGCGCCGUUCCCGCGCGAUUCUCCGGCGGCGCCACCACCUCCGGCAAAGGCCACUCGCCGCCUCGUUCUCCGCCCAGAGUGCGACGGCGGAGACACAGGACCGAGUCAACAACUCGAAGAACCGAGUUCCCGAACAAGUCAUCACGCCACGAUCACAGGACUUCAACGCGUGGUAUCUCGACGUUAUUGCCAAUGCUGAGUUGGCAGAUUAUGGUCCGGUUCGCGGCACCAUGGUCAUUCGUCCCUACGGUUACGCUAUUUGGGAAGCCAUUCAGGAAUACUUGAAUGUGAAGUUCAAGGAGACUGGGCAUAGUAACAUGUAUUUUCCUCAGUUUAUCCCAUACUCUUUUAUAGAGAAAGAAGCUAGUCACGUUGAGGGUUUCAGUCCUGAAUUAGCUCUGGUGACAAUUGGGGGUGGAAAGGAACUUGAAGAGAAACUCGUGGUCCGGCCUACAAGUGAAACCAUUGUGAAUCAUAUGUUUACUCAAUGGAUCCAUAGCUAUCGUGAUCUUCCUCUCUUGAUUAAUCAGUGGGCAAACGUGACUAGGUGGGAGAUGCGCACUAAACCAUUUGUUAGAACUCUUGAAUUUCUUUGGCAAGAAGGGCAUACUGCUCAUGCUACUCCAGAGGAGGCAGAGGAUGAGGCUAUACAGAUGAUUGACAUCUAUACCAGAUUUGCGUAUGAGCAAGCUGCAAUACCUGUUAUUACUGGUCGAAAAUCUAAAGUGGAAACAUUUGCUGGUGCUUGUAAGACCUAUACGAUUGAGGCUAUGAUGGGUGACAAGAAAGCACUACAAGCAGGAACCAGUCAUAACCUUGGGCAAAACUUUUCCCGUGCCUUUGGGACACAGUUCACAGAUGAAAAUGGAGUUAGGGAACACAUUUGGCAGACAUCAUGGGCAAUUAGUACCCGUUUUGUUGGAGGCAUCAUCAUGACCCAUGGAGAUGAUGCAGGCCUAAUGCUUCCCCCAAAGAUUGCGCCGAUACAGGUGGUAAUUGUGCCCAUUUGGAAGAAGGAUGAUGAAAAAGCUGCAGUUCUAAAUGCAGCAUUGAUUGUAAAGGAUGUACUUCAAAAAUCAGGGAUUAGAGUUAAACUUGAUGACUCAGAUCAAAGAACCCCUGGAUGGAAAUUCAAUUUCUGGGAAAUGAAGGGAGUUCCUCUUAGAAUUGAAAUUGGUCCUCGUGAUGUGGCUAGUGGAAGUGUGGUAAUAUCCAGGAGAGAUAUCCCUGGGAAGCAAGGAAAAGUGUUUGGAAUCUCUAUGGAACCUUCGAAUUUGGAGGCUUAUGUUAAAGACAAGUUGGAUGAGAUACAGUCGUCUCUUUUGGAAAGAGCAAUUGCAUUUCGAGACAGUAAUAUUGUAGAUGUAAGCACAUACAGUGAUCUUAAAGCUGCAAUAUCUGAAGGAAAAUGGGCAAGGGGCCCUUGGUCUGCUAGUGAUGAAGACGAGUUAAAAGUGAAGGAAGAAACAGGAGCAACUAUUAGGUGUUUUCCUUUUGAACAGCCACAAGGGAUUAAAACAUGCUUGAUGACCGGUAACCCUGCUGAAGAAGUGGCUAUUUUUGCUAAAUCUUACUAACUCUGCAAGCUUCUUAAUUUUUUGAACUCUCAAGUUAUAUAUCUGCAAGCGGGUAUUUGUGCUUUUUUUAUUUUAUUUUAAAUUUACUCUUUUAUAUAGUAGUCAAUUUCUUGUUGUAACUUAGGUUAGUUAAUAUGAAAAAUACGUUAUAUAUCGAUUCAGAACUUCAAUUCUUAGUCUGUCGUCAUUUGUUUAGAAAUAAAAAAGUUGAUUCCGUUGGGGGUAAAUUUUGAAGUGAUUU